CGCGCUCCCGCGCCUCAGUGACAUUCCGCCCGGCCUCACGUGUUGUCUGUGUAUAAAAAGCAGUCCCGAGUCCCCGCUCAUCAUCAUGUCCACGCUGUCACCCGACAAACGGAGGAAGAUGGAGUCCGCGCUGAGCCAGCUGAAGAAGCACACCGUGGUGGUGGCGGACACCGGAGACUUUAACGCCAUCGAGGAGUACAAGCCUCAAGAUGCCACCACCAACCCGUCUCUCAUCCUCGCCGCCGCCAAGAUGCCGGCCUACCAGCCGCUGGUGGACCAGGCCAUCAAAUACGGCGUCGCCAAAGGCGGGACGGAGGAGGAGCAGGUGGCAAACGCCAUGGACAAGCUCUUUGUCAGUUUUGGGCUGGAGAUCCUGAAGAAGGUCCCGGGCCGAGUCUCCACCGAGGUGGAUGCCAGACUUUCCUUUGACAAAGCGGCGAUGGUGGCCAAGGCCCUGAAGCUCAUCGGCCUCUACGAGGAAGCCGGCAUCAGUAAGGAGCGGGUGCUCAUCAAGCUGUCUUCUACGUGGGAGGGCAUCCAGGCGGGCAGGGAGCUGGAGAAGGACCACGGCGUCCACUGCAACAUGACGCUGCUCUUCUCCUUUGCGCAGGCGGUGGCCUGCGCCGAAGCCAAAGUGACUCUCAUAUCGCCCUUCGUCGGCCGCAUCCUCGACUGGCACAAGGAGAACAGCGGGCGCGCCAGCUACGAGCCGCACGAGGACCCGGGUGUGCUGAGCGUCACCAAGAUCUACAACUACUACAAGAAGUUUGGCUACGGCACCGUGGUGAUGGGCGCCUCCUUCAGGAACACGGGGCAGGUCAAAGCCCUGGCGGGCUGCGAUCUGCUCACCAUCUCGCCCGGGCUGCUGGCGGAGCUGAGCCAGGACCACAGCGCCGUCACGCCCGCGCUCCGAGUGGACAAAGCGAAGGCCUGUGACCUGGAGAAGAUCCACCUGGGCGAGCAGGACUACCGCUGGCAGCACAACGAGGACCGCAUGGCCGUGGAGAAGCUGUCCGACGGCAUCCGCAAGUUCGCCGCCGACGCCAUCAAGCUGGAGACCAUGAUCAAAGGGAAAAUGCUCAGCGUGAAAAAUGGCGAGUAGCGCGACGGGAAGUACAAGGAGUCGGCGGGCCGCCAUCUUUGUAUCCAACUACCUGGGAGGGGGUCCAAAGCCCCGCCCUCUCCCGAGGUUUUCUGACCAAACGCGGAUGCUUACGCGUCUGAGGAUAAACUGAUUGAAAUCUCCAUAUUUUCCAGGAAUUUGACCAGAAAAGGACACGACUUUGUAGACGUGGGGAGUCUGUAACCUCCGCUAGAAAGAUGAGCACUUCUUCUGCAGGAAAGCAACCAGGAUUGGGGGGGGGGGGGGGGGCUCCCUGUUUGAUUUUAAAGCAACACUGUUCCGUCGUCCCUCUGAAAACAAUCUUUUGCUAGAAUAAAAAUCUUAGUCGUUA